UCUCUCUCCCACUUCCCUCUCUUGACGCCAAUAACGGACCUCCAUUAAUGCCCGUCUCUCCCUCCCGUUUCUCUCUUUCCUUUUCUUUCUUUCUCAGUUAUCAUCAGCUACUUGCUCUCACUCUCUCCUCUCUCUGAAAUCAAUCCUGUUGCUCAUUUCAAGAUCUGCAUUUUCGUUUUCGCUUUUCAUUCUCACUCUGCUUGCGUUCGUCACGCAUUUUUGAAUUAGCUGAGAGUGAGAAUCCUAGGGUUUUUCCUUCUCUCCCGUGAUCUUCUCUCCACCUCCCUCUCUCUUCUUUUUUCCUUCCUUUCCGCUUCCUUUUCUCUAUUAUCGAUCCUUCUUCCUCCAAUUCACGCAUCUUUCAUGACUGGUUAUGGAGAAGCUUCGCCACAAGAGAUGCAACGUUCCUUCCUCCGCUGAUCGCUCCUCCCAGCCCCACCCUGCUCUUUCCGAAGGAAACAAGGAGGUUCACAGACGGAGAAAACAUCCAAAUUUGCCCUCCGAUUCCAGCUCUUCCGCUAGUGGUGUGGCACCUAAAGAUUCGUCGUCAUUUAAAUUCGGUUGGAGAUCCUCAAAACAACUUUUUGGCACUCCCAUAAAAAAGUUACUAGCUGAGGAGAUGUCGGGAGAAACUGACUCCAAAAGAAGAGCUCCUAGUGUUAUUGCCAGAUUGAUGGGUCUUGAUGGGAUGCCUCUGCAACAGCCUGCCAAUAAGCAGCACAAAAGUUCCUCUGAAGUCCAUCUGCUGAGAAGGCCACAGUUGGAGGUAACUCAUAGUGGUCGAUCAUCCAGGAGAAGCUCAAGGGAUCAGCAAGAAUUUAAAGAUGUUUUUGAGGUCUCUGAGAUCCCAAGGGCGGAGAGCUGUAGAUAUCCAUCGCAGGGUACUGACUUGAUCGCAACUGAUGCUGAAAUAUCAUUCAUUGAACAGAAGUUCAUGGACGCCAAACGUUUGGCUACUGACAGGGAUUCACUCUCUUCAAAGGAAUUUGAUGAUGCACUGGAGGUUCUGGACUCUAACACAGAUCUUCUACUAAAAUAUUUUCAGCGGCCAGAUUCGUUAUUCAAGAAGCAUCUAAAUGAUCUACAAACUGCUCCACUUCAAUCACAUUGUAAAUACGUAGAAGCUAUGAGAUCAACAGAUAUGGAGAAGUACGAACAACAUCAUGACUUCAGCUGGAGGUCUGCUCGGGACACGACCAGGUUGAAUUGCAAUAGAUCUCAUCAGAAGCGUCUUGAUGGUUAUCCUGCACAAUUUGACAGAAGGCAUGCUGUCCACAGUUCACCAAGAUCACCAAAGCUUCAGUUGAGUGGAAAAGACAAAGAAGAUGCAAUCCCUACAAGGAUUGUUGUCUUAAAACCCAAUCUUGGAAAGGUGCAGAGUGCUACAAAAUUUAUUGCAUCAUCUUGUUCUUCACAUGCUUUCUUAUCAGAGAGUGGAAAUAGCGCUGCAUAUCCAGAUGUCAGAAAUAGGGGACUUGAAUUGAAUAAUAGAAACCUUCCUGAUACGUUGGGGUUUUCAAGGCAAAAUUCAAUGGAAUCUAGAGAAAUCGCAAAGGAAAUCACUAGGCGAAUGAAAAGUAGCAUACACAACGGAUCUACGAUAUUUUCAUCUUCUAGAAUUAGAGGAUAUGCUGGGGAUGAUAGUUCUUGUGACUUCUCUGAAAAUGAAUCUGCGGAGGAAUCUGAGGUAACAUCUGCAACCAUGGCAAACUCUGUUGACGUAAGUAAUCAUAGCAGGCCAUCAUCCAGAUCAAGUGAAUCAUCUGUUAGUAGGGAGGCGAAGAAAAGAUUAUCAGAGAGGUGGAAGAUGACACACAAGUCCCAACAGGUGCAAGCCAUCAACCGGGGCAGCACGCUGGCUGACAUGCUUGCUGUACCUGAUAAGGAAAUGAAUGCAGCAAAUUUGAAGAGUACGUCUUCUGGGGGAGGUUUCUAUAAUAAAUUUGCUGCCAACGGCUCACCUGCUGGGUCAGCUGAACCUUUGGGUAUCAGCAGCAAGGAUGGUUGGAAGGAUGGAUGUAUUGGAAGUCUGUCAAGAUCAAGAUCACUUCCUGCGUCAUCCACAGGAUUUGGAAGUCCUAGGACACUUCACGUUGAUCGAUUUAUCAUGCCAAAAGAAGCCCUUAAGCGGGAAAGAAGAAAAGCUGCGAAGAGUUUUUAUCAGCAACAAGGUUUGAAUACCAGAAACUUAAAAUCUGGUCAUAAGAAGUCCAUGUCUUCUCAUUGUACAAGUAUGGAAAUUUAUGAUUCUUCACCAGACAUUAAGACAAUCCAGGAUAAAGUGAAUGCCAAGGCCGAAGAAGAUUCACCCAAGAUAGAAGUUCCAUCAUCUGAUUCAUUAACUGAGAUCCCCAGAGAUACAAGUCUAAUUACUGAAGAUGUUGUGAAUGCAGCACUCCAAAAUGCAGCUGGUUCUUCUGAAUCUCCAGAUCCAGACCUUCGUGAAUUACCUUCUGGCAUAUCGAACAGUGGCAAGCCUAGUGCCGUUGAAGAAGACAAUUUAAUGCAACAGGAACCAUCAGUUGGUUCCUCCAGUGGAAGUUUGGUCUCCUCUCAACCACUUGUACCUGGACUUGAAUCUUCAUGCUGUAAAGAUGCUGAUCAACCAAGUCCAGUCUCUGUCCUGGAGCCUUCAUUUACAGAUGAUCUAUCAUCUUGUUCUGAAUGCUUUGAAAGUCUCAGCGCUGACCUCCAAGGUCUUCGGAUGCAACUUCAGAUGCUAAAGUUGGAAAAGUUGGAAUCCGAGGAAUAUAUGGAGGGACCCAUGCUGAUUUCAAGUGACGAAGAUGGUGGGGAAGCAUAUCUUGGAAGUUCAGAAGGGAAUGGAUUAAACGGAGAUAGCUGGGAGUCUUCCUACAUUAAUGAUGUCUUGUCUGAGUCUGGCAUUGAUGGGACCUAUCCCCUUGCAUAUUCGGAAGGAUGGCACUCUCUUGAGUGCCCUGUGAGUCCUACAGUGUUUGGUGAACUUGAAAAGAGGUACUCUGAUUGUACAGCUUGCUCAAGGCCAGAAAGGAGGAUGCUUUUUGACCGUGUAAAUUCCAGCAUCGUGAAGAUCUACAAGCAAUUCGAGAGUGAUCGACCAUGGUUGAAUCCAACGGUGACGAAUACUGUUGGUUGCAAAUUGAUGAAAAAGGGGCUCCAAGAUGAUCUGUGCGCUCUUCUGAGGAGCCAAGGGAAGGUAGAGAAUGACGCUCUGGGAAAGGUUCUCGUAAGGGAAUCGGAGUGGCUGGACGUGAGAGAUGACGUUGAUACAAUAGGUAGCGAAGUUGAGAGACUAAUACUAGAUGAUCUAGUGGCAGAAGUAGCUGGUUCUUCGGACAUUUUGUACCCAAAGUAGGGGGCUGCGUCUCAUGUAAAUCAAUUAGUACAAUCUUAAUUUCAUCGAAAGAUGAAUAAAAAGGAUCAUAUAAUCUUUUGCAUGAAA